CAGCUGCAGAGAGACCAGAGAAGGCUGACAACAACGGAGAGGCUCAUGUUAGGAAAGUCAGAAACGCAACAUUUGCCUAUUUUUUGAUCUGAUGUCCAAAGAUUACCACUCGUAACCUUCUUGCCGACCACAUCUUCUCAGUUUUUACGCAUGCGUGGGGAUAUAUUUUUCAUUCUCUCGACCUGAAAUGACUGCUAGUCGCCGCGUCUAGCCAAUGGUUACUGCGGGGGCUCCUGUCUUGUGGAUUAUCCGUCGUCGCCGAGCCAGUCGCAUGGUCGAGCCCGGAGGAGGCCCCGCUCUGCUGGAUGGAUGUGUGUGAAGCAGCGCCGGACUCCCAGUACUGAUGAAGAAGGUGAUAAUGAUGAUGCUCGGGUUUCAUCGGCAGCGGGCGAACUGAUCUUGGAUGUUCGGGCUUUAUCGCCCCUCCACAAAACAUUUCCUCACACGGCAAAAAAUAUUAUUCCUUAAAAACUGGACGCCCCUGGAGCAGUUUAUGACGACCCUGGUAGGAGCGUGAUGAGCGCACGCUUCCACUUGCCUGCUGGCAGAUCCUACAAUGUCCGGGCGACGGAGCUGGAGCGAGACAGGCAGCACACACAGGUUGUGUGCAACGUACUGCUGCUGGACAACACAGUCCAGGCGUUCAAAGUCAGCAAGUCGGACCAUGGCCAGGUGUUGCUGGAUGCUGUCUUUAAGCACCUGGAGCUGACUGAGAGAGACUACUUUGGCCUGCACUUGGCUGAUGACUCCUUAGAUGCGCCGCGCUGGCUCGACCCCAACAAGCCCGUCAGGAAACAGUUAAAAAGAGGCUCUCCCCAUAACUUGAGCUUCAGAGUCAAAUUCUUUGUAACAGACCCCGGUAAACUUCAGGAAGAAUACACACGGUACCAAUAUUAUCUUCAGAUCAAGCAGGAUAUAUUAACUGGAAGAUUGCCCUGUCCACACAACACAGCCGCACUGCUGGCGUCCUAUUCUGUUCAAUCUGAGCUGGGGGACUACAGUGAAACGGAGCAUACAGCAGGCUAUCUGUCGGAGUACUGCUUCAUGCCCAACCCUCCACAAGACUUCCAUAAAGAGGUCGCCAAACAUCACCAGCAGCACAGCGGUCUAUCUCCUGCCCAGUCAGAGUUUAAUUAUCUGAACACAGCACGCGCGCUGGAGCUCUACGGGGUAGAGCUGCACUAUGCAAGGGACCAGAGCAACACAGAGAUUCUUCUUGGGGUGAUGUCUGCCGGCAUUGUUAUUUACAAGAACAGGGUACGGAUCAACUAUUUCCCAUGGUUGAAAAUAGUGAAAAUCUCCUUCAAGUGCAAACAGUUCUUCAUCCAGCUAAGAAGAGAGGCGUCUGAGACGCGGGAAACGCUGCUGGGUUUCAACAUGGUGAACUAUCGGGCCUGUAAAAACCUGUGGAAGGCUUGUGUGGAGCACCACACCUUCUUCAGGCUGGAUCGGCCCAUCCCGCCACAGAAGAACUUCUUCGCUCACUACUUCACUCUGGGCUCAAAGUUCAGAUACUGCGGGCGGACGGAGGUGCAGUCUGUGCAGUACGGAAAGGAGAAAGGCAUCAAGGACAGAGUGUUUGCCAGAUCUCCCAGCAAGCCAUUAGCCAGGAAGUUGGUGGGCGGAACUGACUGGGAGUCAGUCAGCAGGAACAGCCUAUCAGAUGAGAGACUGGAGACCCAGAGCCUGCCCACUCGCUCGCCGCCUGGGACACCCAAUCAGAACUCACUGUUUGUACAAGAGGGCACACGACUACGCCCAUCGUCCGUUGGCCACCUGGUUGAUCAUGUGAUCCAUGCUUCACCCAGCCUACCUGUCUUCUCCUCCUCCAAUCACAAAUCAGCAUCGUCCACUCAGGCCAACAGCAUCAGCUUGGACUCCACACCGUCUCCAGAGGGGAUAGACGGCCAGCCUCCAGCUCUGCCCCCCAAGCAGCUGAGCAGGAAGACCUUGAGCCAGAUCAUCCAGGCCCACUCCCAGCAGAGCCUCCUGGACAACCACCUUAAUGAGAUGUACGAUGUUCCCGUCAAUGCGGACAAAACCACGCUAAAUGGAGUUGUCCCUCAUGAUAAUCUGGUCCUGAUCAAGAUGAGACCUGACGAACACGGACGUUUUGGCUUCAAUGUCAAGGGUGGAGCUGACCAGAAGAUGCCCAUCAUUGUGUCUCGAGUGGCUCCAGGAACAUCAGCCGACCUGUGUGUGCCUCGCCUUAACGAGGGCGACCAGGUAGUCUUAAUUAAUGGACGGGACAUCUCUGACCACACCCAUGACCAGGUGGUCAUGUUCAUCAAAGCCAGCUGUGAGAGCCAUUCUGGAGAGCUCAUCCUAUUGGUCAGACCCAAUGCCAUCUAUGACGUGGUGGAGGAGAAGGUGGACUCAGAGCCAGAUUUUCAGUAUAUCCCUGAGAAGUCCCCUCAGGACCCCGCCCAGCUAGACCAGCAUGCUUUGAGGGACUCCAUGGUCACACUGAAGGAAGGCCUGCUCAGUGGAGCCAUACUGGCACAGUUUGAUCAACUGUACAGGAAGAGGCCGGGGAUGACCAUGCUGUGUGCCAAAUUACCUCAGAACGUUUCCAAAAAUCGCUACAGAGACAUCUCUCCCUACGAUGCCACACGGGUCAUUCUGAAAAGCACAGAUGACUACAUCAAUGCAAAUUACAUCAAUAUGGAGAUUCCAGCCUCGAGUCUGAUAAACCGUUACAUAGCCUGCCAGGGCCCCCUGCCCAACACCUGUCCUGACUUCUGGCAAAUGACGUGGGAGCAGGGCUCAUCCAUGGUGGUCAUGCUGACUACGCAGGUCGAGAGGGGGCGGGUGAAGUGUCACCAGUACUGGCCCAAUCCAGACAGCAGCGCCACCUACGGAGACUUUACAGUAACGUGCCACAACGAAGAGGGCAACUCUGCCUUCCUGGUCCGGGAGAUGACUCUCGUGCACACGCAGAGUGAGCAGCAGAGAGAGCUUACCCAGAUUCAGUACCUGGCUUGGCCGGACCACGGCGUUCCUGAUGACUCCACUGAUUUCUUGGACUUCGUGGCUCUGGUACGGACCAAACGAGCCGGACAGGACCAGCCGAUGGUGGUGCACUGCAGUGCGGGGAUUGGUCGGACAGGGGUUCUGAUCACCAUGGAGACGGCAUUGUGUCUAAUGGAGUGCGGUCAGCCAGUGUAUCCUCUAGAUAUCGUCAGGACCAUGAGAGACCAGAGAGCCAUGAUGAUACAAACACCUAGCCAGUACCGCUUUGUGUGUGAGGCCAUCCUGAAAGUCUACGACGAGGGCCUGGUCAAACCAUUCAAGACCGCCGUCUACCAGGUGAGAGAAAAGGUGGAUGAGGGGAGGGAAGAGGAGAAGAAGGAGCAGCAAAAAGCAGGGGAAGGAGCAAAGAUGGCAGCGACGGAAGAGGGGGAGGCGGCUGUGGCGGUGGAGUUGCUAGAAGGAGGUCUGGAUGAAGAGGAUGAUGAUGAUGAAGAGGUGGAGGUGCUGGAUGUGGGGGAAGUGACAGAAGAUGGAGAGGAAGAGGAGGAGGAGGAGGACGAAGUGGAGGAGCUGAGCGUCGCAAGUGUUGCGAGCGUCGCAAGCGUUGCGAGCGCCACCAGCGCUGCCAGCGCCACCAGUGCCGCGACUGCUGCAAGUGCUGCAAGUGCAAGUGCUGACAGCGCCACCAGCGUGACCAGUGAGACCAGCGUGAACCCUGACCCUGACCCUGCUAACCCGUGACUUUUGACCUCCGGCAGUCAUCGUGGGUUAGCGGGAGGAGGCCAGGAGGCCGGAGGAGAGAACAAAAGCACUGUUGCACUUUAUGCUGACAAAAAUGGAAAAAAAGACACAAACGAACAAACGUGAAAGUCAUGGACAAGCUAGAAUUAAAAAAAGAAACCCAGCCGUGUUGAAUAGGUACCUUUAGGGGAUAUUGUAUGUUCAGGGUAAAGAAAAAAGUCUACAAAGAAAGAAAAGAUAAAAGUACGAGAGAAUAAAAUGUGGAUGGGGAAUUGCUGUAGUGCCAUAAGUACGAAGGGGAAGGGCUGCCCCCACGGAUGGAAAGUUUUUUUUUCCGCAAAGGGUCACCCUGUCCCCUUCUGAGCGAGUCUGCCAGACGGACCUGCCUUUUUUUUAGUGUCCUUUUAGCUGAUAAAGAGAUAUACCUUAUCUUUUGUUCCUCAGAAAGAGUAUUUAUUGUGUUUUAGUUUGUGUCAAACCCUGUCCACUGAACAAAAAAAACUUGUAUGUUUGUUUGUAUGAAUCUAGAGCUUCAUGCUUUCCUGAUUAAAUCUUAGGUAGUAAAGUAGUGCGAUUCCUCUUCUUCUAACUACUUCUUUAUUUCUUUUGCUUUUUCGUGGGGGAAAAAAACAAAACUGAUUUAAUUUAUUGUACUUGGUUUUCUCAGCUUUCUCGUCUAUGUUUCUGACAGCACAGACUGACAGAUGGACAGCUGAAAGCACUUUGUGUCUCACCUCUUGUUCAAUGCUGUGGCAAGUCGUACUCUUGAUCCUGCUUUGUGCUGUGUUUUUGAGCUUACAGACGCGUGCGCUCUGAAGCCGCCGUCGUUUGGCGUGGUGAAGAACUGGUUUACAAUCCUCAGGGCCGGUGUUUACUGGGCACCUCUGUCACAGCAGCGACUACAGAGCUCCCACUGAAAGACUUAAUGACAGAAACAUUUUGGAUUAUUCAGAACAAAUUCCUGUUACUUAACAUGGACAGCGUCAUAGAGAGGCCCCAGUAGACACCCCGCCUCACUGAGUUACAAUCUAAGCUAUUUCCCAGCCUUUUGUGGCUGAUAAAGAAACAAGGCUGAGCUCAGUUCAUUACUUCCUUUAAAUUCGCAUGCAGCUAAUUUGAUGUUUGAAUCUGGAUCCCUGCUGAAGUGUCCUUGAGCCAGACACUUGACAACAAAUCACCACUGUGCGCAAAGCCCCGUUGCUUCCUUCCGACUUUAGCAAAUCAACCUCGUGUAACCCAAACGCUCUGUUAGCACGGGUCCAUACGUCAGAACCCGAGGAGCAAAUCAUCCAAAAAUCAGACAUGAAUUAGUUCUCAAGUGGUUAAAAGCUGCUAGAAUUUUUAUGCAAUCAAUAUUUGCUUUUUGCUUUUUUUUUAGAAUUUCUAGAGUGAACUGAUCUCAACCUUAGUGUGAAUGGUGACAACAUGACUUCAAAGGCUCCCUCCACUGACCUCGCCACAUUUUAUACAAAGACACUUUGAAUCCCGAAAACAGGAGCAAACCUGGCGUGUCGUCACUUUGCCUGAGCUGUCGUAUGACCCAACAUUAACUUUAGUGAUUUGUUUUUCCAAGGUUAUCCCCUAACUGGAUACUUCCUUUGAACGUUUCAGCGGUUCAGAGGUCACUGGAGUGAGGCUUUAAACCCAACCUUUGCUGUUUCAUUUCUUUUUCUAAAAUCUGACUGUGUGCCAGAGAACAGUUGAUAGUUCAAAGAAGCAGCACAAACAGAACAACCGAUGCUUUUCCUUUUUUAUUCUUGAUCUUUCCCAAUGGUACUUUAUUUUAAGGCACAUGUUGUUUUUAAGCCAAGAUGUUAACGAGUGAUAAGACUAAAGUGAUUUUUGUAUUUUUAAUUCACAAAACCCAGCAUUAAGUUGCCUGUCUAGUAUUUUUUUUUUUUUAUGUGAAGUACAGGUGAAGCUGCCGUUGUACUUGACAGAGCGGUAUGGAAUGAAGUGUAGCCUCUUCAUGAUUUGAGAUUUUGUUCUUAUCGGCUGCUUCGGUACCUGCUGUCAUUGGAUUCUGCUGGAAGAAAAACCUACUGCUGUGAGUGUGUGAACGUGUGUGUGUGUGUGUGUGUUUGUACUCAGAUCUCUUUCUCCUUACCUCUCUCCUCCAUCUCUAACAUAUAGUUUGUUAGCUGUCUGGUCUAAGCCUGCUUGUCCGUUAACUGGAAUGAAAGGUUGUGCCAUAGCGCCACAAACCUAAUCUAACCCGAUCUCAAGUUUUGUUUUGUUUUUGUUUUCUGAAGAAACUCUUGGAGUGUGAUUUUUUUUUAUUAUUUUUUUUUUAAGUCUGUCCUAGCUGAAUCUUGGCCUGUGAAACAUUUCAAAGCGUGCUCCCUUUCAAACAGCUGAAUCAUACUUUUGUCACAUGGAGAGGUGGGAUGAAGAAGAGCUUUCCUCUUCUCUCUCUCUUUUUUUAUUUUUUUAUAAUCUCUCCUAUAUUGCAGCCGUCUCCCAAAAUCUGCCUUCUCUCAGGCAACAUCAGUCAUUUUCAGCAGAGCCCACGCAACAUCCACGGUCCAUUCUUCUCAUUGUUCUUCCCCAGAUGCCUCUCUCUUUUGGAUCAUUAUACAUGGAGCCCACUCUCUCUGCAUUGGCCUCCAGGCAAAUGACACAUCUGAGCUGAAUACCAUGGGUACAGUAGUGCAAGCUUGUUUUCAACAGGACAAACCGAGGGUUGCCAGUGAAUGAUUGACUCAAUAACUCUUUUUAUUUAUUGGCAGACCCUACACGUAUGAGCCUCUAAUCAAAAGAUCCAGCGCCCUUUUUUUUAUCAUCCGUUUUUGUGUGUUUUGGCAGCAGGGCCAAAAAAAAAAUCAAAUCACCACCAAAUCAAAUUGAACGAACGCCGAAGGCCCUUGUGAUGAAGUGACAUCAAUAGCAAGUUGGGUUUUUUUUAAAUGAUGAUUUCUAACAAGAAACGAAAACACCUGCAGUGCAAAGUUAAUAAUUGAUAAAUCAGGGCUGCCAUCUGCACAAAAUGUCCAGCAACGAGCUGUCUGUGUUCAAAGUGUUUUGUUGUUGACACAUAAUUGGUACUGUCUGUGCGUUUAGGGUACUGAUCAAAGGUAGUUUGGAGGGGACCAGACGUGGGGAGGGCUCGGGUUAGUUGUAUUUUUGUAAAGAUGAAAAACAGCUCUAGUCGGGUAGGGAAAGGACAGCACUUUGUAGAAGGCUGAGUGGCAGGUAGUGCUACUGAAAAAAAAGAGUUGGAGACAUAAAGCAUUGUUAAAAUGAGUUGUUCUUUUUUUUUAUUUGUCAUUUUUAUUUUGUUUGAGAAUAAGACCUGUAGGGAACAAGAGAAAAAAAAAGAACUCCUAACUACACAGUGCCACUUGUUAAUUUUUUGUAAAUAAUACUAGACCAUGUAAAUACAAUGUUGUAUAUGAAAAAAAUCUUUAAAAUAAAAGGGAAAAUCAUUUGUGAGCAGAAA